AUGGACGCCGUAGGAGCAGCAGCAUCCGUUGUCCAGCUCGUGGUGUUUUCAGCAAAACUCCUCGAAAAGGUCGCUCAGUUUUUGGACGAAGUUCGACAUGUGCACGACACGCAGCGCGCAUUUCUAGAGAAAGUGGACUUCCUCCGAACUACUUUGCAAACACUGUCAACCACUCUGGACACAAGGAAGAUGCAGAUUGGUGUCCAUGGCACAAAUCAGGACGAGCAGCAAGUUCUGGAAGUGGCGAGAGAUGUCUUGAACGACUGCAACAAAUCCAUCUUAACCCUCAAAGCGCUCGUGACGACCACUAAGUACGGUCCGUUCGCAAAGACCAGGACCCAGAUUAAACUCCAACUUAAGGGCCACGAAAUACAGAGAAUCGAGUCCAGGAUCGCGGCAAAUAUUGGAAACCUCCAAUUGCUGAUAGCGUGUUUCCAUCUGUUCGAUACCCGCCUUGCGCAGGACAAACAAGUCGAUAGUCAACUCGCGGAAAUUGUAGAACAGGUCAGAUGCCAUCAACAGCUGUUAGACGAGCUGUCACAGCGGCGUCCAAAUAGAGUUGCAGCUCGAGAAUCCCAUGAAAUGUCCCCUCUCUCGAUCGACAACGACAGACAUAACCAUGACCUUCAGUCCCCGGAUCUGAAGACGAUGGCUGCAACGAUUAAGACCGCCAACUCAUUGGUCGAGAAGAGGUCUCGAGCAAACUGCAGUGAGCCAGAACAGCGACGAAGCCAUGGAACAGAGACUAAUGGCGAGCAAUCGGACGGCGGGGUGGCUCUGCCUUUCUCGAGGACGGCAGGGACCAGGCCACCGACGAUCCCUACACUGGAAUUCCGCACUUUGCUGCUCGACAAGUACAUGCUACAAGCUGAGGAACAUUUCAAAUGCGGAUCAUAUGCCAAAUGUGAAGAGUACUUGCGGAAAGCCAUCGAACAGGGUAAUAGCCGCUAUGAAGAAUACGGACAGGUCUUUGAGCAGUGGUUGGAUAUUCAGAUCAAACUGGCAGAGGUCUUCCAAAGGCAGGGACAGUAUCAAAAUGCGGAGAAACUGCUAUCCAACCUCAUAUCAAUGGGAGAAUAUGAUGGCCAAGUUGCGCAUCCUGAUCACUGUCACAUUGCCUUUGAACAGCUUGGAAGACUAUACCAUGCCAUGGCGGGUCUACAACUCUACAGGUACCGCACAACAGGAGACAUCGGGCUAGGAGAACUGAGUUCUAUGGUUAAGACGGCAUAUAACUUUGCGUCUCACUUACAUAUGGAGGACUCGUUGUCCACGUCUUUACAACGACUCUUGACCCAGUGCGCGUCAACCUAUCUGGAAGUCUGUGAGCUCGAGGGAGAUCAAGUGACCGCGGAGGCGCUCUGUGAACGACAUCCUGGGUUGCGUCGCAAGUUAACGCCAGAAUCACAGAUUGUCGAGCCAACUGUUCCCACACAUUUUCCAGAGCCUCCUGUCGGGAGUAUCUUAUCCCAACGCCGGCCGUCUUCGCAAAUCACACCCAUCAGCAAUGGAUUUUCUGAACCAGAAAGGGGUCGUGCGGGCUCGAUUCUCUCGCUUACUGCAGAUACAGAUAUCAGCAAAUAUGCCAGCAACCUACUCACCGAGGUUGAGAACGGGAGUCUUCUUCUCGAUUGCCCAAGGACCAACAUUCAUGCCAAAGACCACAACGGUCUGACGGUCCUUCACCACGCCUUGAUUGGACUGGGUGGCAAGAGCAUCGACAAGAUGGUCAAAGCCAUUCUGGAGAAAGACGUCGACGUGAACGCGCCAGACAAGGACGGUCGACAACCGCUGCACUACUGCGUCGAGUACAACAACACCAGCGCGGCAGCGAUUCUGCUGGCCAGCGGGCGGGUGGAUAUCGAAGCGCAGAACGCCCAUUCCGAGACCGCGGCCAUGGUUGCGGCUAGGAGAAAAUAUCCGAAUGUGGAGAUGAUCUGCUUGCUGCAUAAGCACGGGGCCAGCAUUGACCGGAAAUCCAUUCCUCGGAGCUUGCAGUUGAAGCUCAACCAGCUGGACAAGAGCGGACGACAGGGUAGUCGGCGUUCUUCAAGGACUUGGUCGUACAGCUGA